AAUACAUUGGCAUGACAGUAUACAAAUGAACAGUUCAAUUGUAAGAUUGAAAUGGCAAACACAACUACAAGGAUAAUAACAUUUUAGAGUGGAUAGAAGCUAGAUAUUGUGAAUAUUUAUUGUCAUUGACCAAUUCCUUCCUCAAUUGAUAUUUGGAGAAAUUACAGAAAUAAGGAGACUGGCAGUAAAGUGUUUUCUGUAGAAAACAACUGCAUCAACUGGGUUCAAAAUGAAGGCACAGAAAGUGACAGCUACUUUCACCAUGGUGUUCUUAUGUUGGAUUAUCCAUGACGUUUCUUCCACAACCGCAUAUCCGACAACUGCAGAUCUUAUUACAACAACAACAACUGCAGCUCCUAUGGCAACAACUCUAGCUCCAACGACAACUGCAGCUCCAACGACAACUGCAGCUCCUACGACAACUACAACUGCAGUACCUAAUACUAUGACUACAACUACAGACCCUACUACAACUGUAGCUCCUACGGACACUACAAAGGUAACACCUACAAUGACCACUGUAGCUCCCAUGCCACCUGCAACUCCUACGACAACUGAAGCUCUGACGACAACAACUGCUGCUCCUACGACCACUACAACUCCAAAACCUACUACGACAGAACCUACUCCCACGACUGCUACGACUGUAGAACCUACCACGACAACCAGUGCAGCUCCUACUACAACAGCUGCUGUUCUUACGACAGCAACGACUGCAGCACCUUCUACAACAACUACAACUUCAGCUCCUACGACAACCACAACAACAGCACCUACAACAACUGUAGCUCCCAUGACAACUACAGCUCCUACAACAGCUUUAGCAUCUAUGACAACCACUGCAGCUCCUACUACAACAAAUGAUGUUCUUACGACAGCAACGACUGCAGCACCUUCUACAACAACUGCAACUUGUGCUCAUACGACAACCACAACAGCAACACCUACUACAACACCUGCAGUUCCAACAACUGUAGCUCCCAUGACCACUACACUUGCUGUACUGACUACAACAACCACAACUGCAGCUCCUGCUACAACAAUUGUCGCUUCUACGUCAACCACAGCAGCUGCCUCUACGACAACUGCUGCUCCAACAACCACUACAAUUCCAGAACCUAUUACGACAACCACUGCAGUUCCUGCAACAACAACUGCUAUUCUUACAACCACUGCGACUGCAGCACCUUCUACAACAACUACUCCUUCAGUGCCUACGACAACCACAACAGCAACACCUACAACAACUGUAGCUCCCACGACAACUGCAGCUCCUACAACAACUUUAGCAUCUCCUUCAACCACAGCAGCUGCCUCUACGACAAGCACUGCAGCUCUAACUACAACAACUGCUGCUCCAACGACCACUACAACUCCAGAACCUAUUACGGCAACCACUUCAGUUCCUGCUACAACAACUACAACUUCCGCUCCUACGACAACCACAACAACAGCAACUACAACAACUGUAGCUCCCACGACAACUGCAGCUCCUACAACAACUUUAGCGUCCACUUCAACCACAGCAGCUGCCUCUUCGACAGCCACUGUAGCUCUAACUACAACAACUGCUGCUCCUACGACCACUGCAACUCCAGAACCUAUUACGACAACCAGUGCAGCUCCUACUACAACAACUACAACUUCAGUUCCUACGACAACCACAACAGCUACACCUACAACAACUGUUGCUCCCACGGCAGCUGCAGCUCCUACAACAACUUUAUCAUCUACUUCAACCACAGCAGCUGCCUCUACGACAACCACUGCAGCUCUAACUACAACAACUGCUGCUCAAACGACCACUACAACUCCAGAACCUAUUACGACAACCACUGCAGCUCCUGCUACAACUACAACUUCAGCUCCUACGACAACCACAGCAACUACAACAACUGUAGCUCCGACAACAACUUUAGCGUCCACUUCAACCACAGCAGCUGCCUCUUCGACAGCCACUGCAGCUCUAACUACAACAACUGCUGCUCCUACGACCACUGCAACUCCAGAACCUAUUACGACAACCAGUGCAGCUCCUACUACAACAAGUGCUGUUCUAACGACCACAGUGACUGCAGCACCUUCUACAACAACUACAACUUCAGCUCCUAUGACAACCACAACAACAGCACCUACUACAACACCUGCAGAUCCUACAACUGUAGCUCCGACGACCACUCCACCUGCUGUACUUACUACAACAAUCACAACUACAGGUCCUGAUACAACAACUGUAGCUUCUACGUCAACUACAGCAGCUGCCUCUACGACAACCACAGCUGCUCUAACUACAACAACUGCUGCUCCAACGACCACUACAAUUCCAGAACCUAUUACGACAACCACUGCAGUUCCUGCAACAACAACUGCUAUUCUUACAACCGCUGCGACUGCAGCACCUUCUACAACAACUACAACUUCAGCGCCUACGACAACCACAACAGCAACACCUACAACAACUGUAGCUCCCACGACAACUGCAGCUCCUACAACAACUUUAUCAUCUACUUCAACCACAGAACCUAUUACGACAACCACUGCAGCUCCUGCUACAACAACUACAACUUCAGUUCCUACGACAACCACAACAACAACUGCUGCUCCAACGACCACUACAACUCCAGAACCUAUUACGGCAACCACUUCAAUUCCUGCUACAACAACUACAACUUCAGCUCCUACGACAACCACAACAGCGACACCUACAACAACUGUAGCUCCCACGACAACUGCAGCUCCUACAACAACUUUAUCAUCUACUUCAACCACGGCAGCUUCCUCUACGACAACCACUGCAGCUCUAACUACAACAACUGCUGCUCAAACGACCACUACAACUCCAGAACCUAUUACGACAACCACUGCAGCUCCUGCUACAACAACUACAACUUCAGUUCCUACGACAACCACAACUACAACUCCAGAACCUAUUACGACAACCACUGCAGCUCCUGCUACAACUACAACUUCAGCUCCUACGACAACCACAGCAACUACAACAACUGUAGCUCCGACAACAACUUUAGCGUCCACUUCAACCACAGCAGCUGCCUCUUCGACAGCCACUGCAGCUCUAACUACAACAACUGCUGCUCCUACGACCACUGCAACUCCAGAACCUAUUACGACAACCAGUGCAGCUCCUACUACAACAAGUGCUGUUCUAACGACCACAGCAGCUCUAACUACAACAACUGCUGCUCAAACGACCACUACAACUCCAGAACCUAUUACGACAACCACUGCAGCUCCUGCUACAACAACUACAACUUCAUUUCCUACGACAACCACAACAGCUACACCUACAACAACUGUAGCUCCCACGGCAGCUGCAGCUCCUACAACAACUUUAUCAUCUACUUCAACCACAGCAGCUGCCUCUACGACAACCACUGCAGCUCUAACUACAACAAAUGCUGCUCAAACGACCACUACAACUCCAGAACCUAUUACGACAACCACUGCAGCUCCUGCUACAACUACAGCUCCUACGACAACCACAACAACAGCAACUACAACAACUGUAGCUCCUACAACAACUUCAGCUCCUACUACAACAACUACAACUUCAGCUCCUACGACAACCACAACAGCUACACCUACAACAACUGUAGCUCCCACGCCAACUGCAGCUCCUACAACAACUUUAUCAUCUACUUCAACCACAGCAGCUGCCUCUACGACAACCACUGCAGCUCUAACUACAACAACUGCUGCUCAAACGACCACUACAACUCCAGAACCUAUUACGACAACCACUGCAGCUCCUGCUACAACUACAACUUCAGCUCCUACGACAACCACAACAACAGCAACUACAACAACUGCAGCUCCUACAACAACUUUAUCAUCUACUUCAACCACAGCAGCUGCCUCUACGACAACCACUGCAGCUCUAACUACAACAACUGCUGCUCCAACGACCACUACAACUCCAGAACCUAUUACGUCAACCACUUCAAUUCCUGCUACAACAACUACAACUUCAGCUCCUACGACAACCACAACAGCUACACCUACAACAACUGUAGCUCCCACGCCAACUGCAGCUCCUACAUCAACUUCAUCAUCUACUUCAACCACAGCAGCUGCCUCUACGACAACCACUGCAGCUCUAACUACAACAACUGCUGCUCAAACGACCACUACAACUCCAGAACCUAUUACGACAACCACUGCAGUUCCUGCAACAACAACUGCUAUUAUUACAACCACUGUGACUGCAGCACCUUCUACAACAACUGCAACUUCAGCUCAUACGACAACCACAACAACAUUACCUACUACAACACCUACAACAACUGUAGCUCCCACGACAACUACAGCUCCUACAACAACUUUAGCAUCUACUUCAAUCACAGCAGCUGCCCCUCCAACAGCCACUGCAGCCCUAAUUACAACAACUGCUGCUCCUACGACCACUGCAACUCCCCAACCUACUACGACAACCAGUGCAACUCAUAGUACAACAACUGCUGUUCUUACGACCACAGUGACUGCAGCACCUUCUACAACAACUACAACUACAACUUCAGCUCCUACGACAACCACAACAACAGCACCUACAACAACUGCUGCUCCUACGACCACUACAACUUCAUUACCUACUACGACAACCAGUGCAGCUCCUACUACAACAACUGCUGUUCUUACGACAACAACGACUGCAUCACCAUCUACAACAACUACAACUGCUGCUCCAACGACCACUACAACUCCAGAACCUAUUACGACAACCACAGCAGCUCUCUCUUCGACAACCACUGCAGCUCUGAGUACAACAACUUCUGCUCCAACGACCACUACAACUCGAGAAUCUAUUACUACAACCACUGCUACAACAACUACAACUUCAGCUCCGACGACAACCACAACAACAGCACCUACAACAACUGUAGCUCCCACGACAACUGCUGUUCUAACUACCACAACGACUGCAGCACCUUCUACAACCACGACCACUUCAGCUCCUGUGACAACCACAACAACAGCACCUACUACAACACCUGCAGUUUCUACGACUGUAGCUCCCAUGACCACUCCACCUGCUGUACUUACUACAACAACCACAACUACAUCUCCUGCAACAACAACUGUAGCUUCUACAUCAAUCACAGCAGCUGCCUCUACGACAACCACUGCAGCUCCUGCUACAACAACUGCUAUUCUUACAACCACUGUGACUGCAGCACCUUCUACAACAACUACAACGUCAGCUCCUACGACAACCACAACAACAGCACCUACAACAACUGUAGCUCACACGACAACUGCAGCUCCU